AUGAAGAAGGAGGUGUGCUCCGUGGCCUUCCUCAAGGCCGUGUUUGCCGAGUUCCUGGCCACCCUCAUCUUUGUCUUCUUCGGCCUGGGCUCGGCGCUCAAGUGGCCAUCGGCGCUGCCCUCCAUUCUGCAAAUCGCACUGGCGUUUGGCCUGGCCAUCGGCACCUUGGCGCAGGCCCUGGGGCCGGUGAGCGGCGGCCACAUCAACCCGGCCAUCACCCUGGCCCUGCUCGUGGGCAACCAGAUCUCGCUGCUGCGGGCCAUCUUCUACGUGGCCGCCCAGCUGGUGGGCGCCAUCGCUGGUGCUGGCAUCCUCUACGGACUGGCGCCGGUCAAUGCCCGGGGCAACCUGGCUGUCAACGCGCUCAACAACAACACGACACCGGGCCAGGCCGUGGUGGUGGAGUUGAUCCUCACCUUCCAGCUGGCGCUAUGCAUUUUCUCUUCCACCGACUCACGACGCACCAGCCCGGUGGGCUCCCCGGCCCUGUCCAUCGGCCUCUCUGUCACCUUGGGCCACCUUGUGGGGAUCUACUUCACUGGCUGCUCCAUGAAUCCAGCCCGCUCCUUCGGCCCGGCUGUAGUGAUGAAGCGCUUCAGCCCCUCGCACUGGGUCUUCUGGGUGGGCCCCAUUGUGGGGGCCAUCCUGGCCGCCAUCCUCUACUUCUACCUGCUCUUCCCCACUUCCCUGAGCCUCAGCGAGCGCGUGGCCGUCGUCAAGGGCUCCUAUGAGCCCGAGGAGGAUUGGGAAGAGCACCGGGAGAAGACCCUGGAGUUGACCAGCCGCUGAGCAGUGCAGCGUCGGGCCCCUCUAGCCCGGAACCGCGGAGGCGAAGAAAGAACACGACCAGGACAGCAAGGCUCCCCCUCCCCCAGCCGCUCCUCUCAGCUGGGGAGGAGGUGCUGUGCUGGCUCCUCCCCAGGCUGCACAGUGAGCCAUGGGAGCAGGAAACCGUGGAGGGACU